CCUCGACAUCCGCGCAAUAUCCAACAUCAUUGAGCACCUCGAUUCAACAACCCCCAUCAUCCGAUUAGAACUUUCGAUUCCUCGGCUCAGCGGCUUCUUGUGACCACGCGGAUAGCUUCGACAGGAAUGCACAAAUUUGACCGCAUGUAGUCCCAACAAGAUGUCGGUCGAAGCGAUCGCCGCAAUGGCGCCUGCGCCUGCGUCAGAGCAGGGCCAGAUUGAGGUCGCAAAUGCAUCUUGCGCAACCAACGAUGCACUUAAAACCACCGGCCUCCACUCACCACCCGACAGCAAUAGCGCAAUGAAGCUCGAUGGCAGUGACGACUCGGAGUUAAGCGACCUAGAAGAUGCAGACCCAGCUGCCGAUGCUCGCCCGCGUGCUGCGACCAACGAGCCGGAGGGGGGAGUGAAGGUGGAGGACCAAGAUGAAGACGACAUCGGCGAAGUUCUUCCCGACCACUGGUCUGGCACCGUUCCUGUCUUCAAACCUGACAUGUGCCAGUUCAAGGACUUCAAGAAAUUUAUGCAGAAGGUUGAUUCCUAUGGCAUGAAGUCUGGCAUCGUCAAGAUCAUCCCACCCGAAGAAUGGAAGAACAAACUUCCAGCAUUGGAUGACUUGGUCAAACAAGUCAAGGUCAAGGAACCCAUCAAGCAAGAUAUUAUGGGAACCAACGGCACGUAUCGACAAGUCAAUAUUCUGCAUCAAAGGUCUUACAAUCUUCCGCAAUGGCGACAGCUCUGCGACCAGAGUGAGCACCAGCCUCCAGCGAAACGCGGCGAGCGAAGGGUACACCAAGAGAAACCCAAAGCUGCCUCUAGAUCAAAGCCAGCUGCCUCCUCAAGUAAUACUUCUGCCCCCAAGAAGCGCGGUCGAAACACGAGGAGCAGGGCCAAGAAAGGGGCUGCAAAAGAAGAGCCUUCGGAGCAAGAAGAGCGGCCAAUGACACCUGUGUCGCCGAAGUCAACUGCAGAUGUUGUCGAGUCUGUUGAGAAAGAUCCAGGGGUUGACUUGGAUGAGGAACAUGAUGUCCCGGUUAUACCAAGGAUGGGUGCGCUACGGCAACCCAAACCCAAAACCCAAUCUAUUUCAGCUCGAAGGAAGUACGCUAAACGAGAGGCAUCGGCGAAAAUUGAUGAAGAAGCCUUCAAGGACUGGGACUAUCGUAUGGACAUCUCCGACUACACACCCGAGAGAUGUGAAGAGCUAGAGCGCAUAUACUGGAAGACGCUAACAUACGCGCCACCGCUGUAUGGUGCUGACUUGCCUGGCACUCUCUUCGAUGAUGGAACUGAAUGCUGGAAUUUGAACAAGUUGCCCAAUCUUCUGGAUGUGCUCGGGACCAAGGUUCCGGGUGUUAACACAGCAUACCUCUACCUUGGUAUGUGGAAAGCGACGUUCGCGUGGCACCUGGAGGAUGUCGAUCUAUACAGUAUCAACUUUCUGCACUUUGGUGCGCCGAAGCAGUGGUACAGCAUUUCGCAAGGAGAUGCCCGUCGCUUUGAGGCGGCUAUGAAGAGCAUCUGGCCCUCCGACGCCAAAGCUUGUGACCAAUUCCUACGCCACAAAGCAUUCCUCAUUUCACCCAAUCAUCUUCAACAAUACUUUAAUAUUAAGGUCAACAAAUGUGUCUCUUAUCCUGGAGAGUUCGUGGUCACUUACCCGUAUGGGUACCAUUCUGGGUACAAUCUAGGAUACAACUGCGCCGAGGCUGUCAACUUUGCAUUAGACUCCUGGUUGCCUAUGGGCAAGAUUGCAAAGAGGUGCGAGUGUGCCCAGGCACAGGAUAGCGUAUGGAUAGACGUCUACGAGAUCGAGCGCAAGUUGCGAGGAGAGGAGACUGACUACGAAGAAACUGAAGAUGAAGAAGAGGAGGAGGACGACGACGACAACGCUGGCAUACAAACGUCUCAGGCUUCACACAUGGUUAAGAUUAAGCAGCCGAUUCGCAAACGAAAGCGAUCUGCCAAUGACAAGGGCGACAAGACAGCCAAAAAGAUUCGGCUGCGGGUUCGCAUCAAGACUCAAGUUGAGCCGCCGUGCUGUCUUUGCCCUAAUCAUCUCACCGAUGCAGAGCUGCUGCCCACUGAUGAUGGGCGCAAGGCUCACCGCAUUUGCGCUCUGUACGGUCCAGAAACUUGGAUUGAGACUGUCGACGACAAAGAAGUUGUUGCCAACACGGCCAACAUCAGCAAAGCUCGCUUGGAUCUCAAGUGCCUAUACUGCCGAUCCAAGAGGGGUGCUUGCUUCCAAUGCUCCCAGAGGAAGUGUGCCAGAUCAUAUCACGCGACUUGCGCUGCUGCUGCCGGGGUCUUCAUCGAAGAGGGUGAAGUCCCCAUAUUUGGAGAGGACGGGACCGAGUAUAAGGAGCAGGCCUUCGAAUUCAGCUGUCGGUUCCAUCGAACAAAGCGGGACAAGAAGCUCGACGGCGAAGCGUUGGAUGAGUGUACGAAAACUCGCCAAGUGGCAGCUGCUCUCAAGAAGGGCAAUAUUGCUCAACUUCAGUACUACAGAGGCGAUAUCUUUGCCGGAGUAGUCAUUGAAAACAGGCAUGACGAGCAGACAUUGCUGGUGGAGAUCAUUCCCAAUGGUGACCGAGUCGAAGUCGAAUGGAAAUGGCUCCUGUUGCCAGAUCCGACGGAUUACCGUCUGCAGAAGGCGUCACCAAACGCCAUCCCCAUGCCGACAUCCCGCAAAGCGAAAGACGAAAUCAACGCCACGAAACGUGCAACGGAGGAACUGCCUCGAGCCGAUGCACCAUUCGUCGACGGCUUCACUUGGGCCGAGUUUAACACGGGCGAACCCACUAACAAAGCGCAGGCCAAGGUCGAUUUCUCCAAGGACAACCAAGUAUGGCAUUACCUUGGCAAGACCUCGACAGAGGCACGGGCACAGUAUACAGAGGAUCCGAAGAAAUGUGCCCACAACUCCAAGAGCAACUUCCUAGAUACAUUGCCAAGGGCAACUCCCGCAUCUCAACCCAGGAAAUCAUACACGCCGACGUAUCCAAUGCCAACGCCUGCGGCACACUUCAAGAGCAACAGGCCCUAUCAGUACAAGCCAAAGCAACCGGUUACACCAUCGUUUGUUCCUUCUCCAUAUACCGCACAGCAACUUGCGCCGACGACGUUACCCACAUUCACGUCUGCGUUUACACCUCAGAAUACUGCCGCAAGGGCAUCCCCGCCUUCCCUGUCAACCUUCGCACCCCAGACUGCUCCGAAGUCGACCUUCAGCCCUAACCCUCAGAGCACGCCAAAGCCUACACUCUCCUCCCAUACGACACCCAAAUCUACCUUCGCUGCCCCCUCUACGCCAAAUACCAACUUCGUACCUCAGACGGCCCCGAGACCUGCACCUCCGCCCAAACACACUCCUCAAGUUGUGUCAGCAUCUAACCACCGAACCAAGAUCGUACCCCCUCAGAAUGCACACUCGCGUCACAAGUCUCUACCUUUUGGUUCAGACCCACGUUUCAGGACAUCAUCUACGUAUGCCUCCGCUCGCUAUGACUCUGGCUCAAGCUCACCAUUCAGCUAUGGCAUCAUGCAACCACCCGGUCUUGGCACCUCACCCUCGCUACAGAAUGGGCAGUUAUUCCAAGCACAAGCACGAGCACGAUCAAGUUCCUCUGCAUCUGCUCACUCAUUGACCACACCAAUGACGUCCUCGGCUCUAAGACCGACUUCAUCUGCCUCGAGUCAAGGCUUGGUUGGAAUACCGCAAGCCAUCAAGCCCCCGAGUGUCGCCAAACCUGCUCCACCGUCUGCGCCGUUUACGCCGCCCUCGUCAAGUGUUGUACAGAAGUAUGCGUUCUUCCAAGUCCAUCAUAACAGGGACUCGACUAAGUAUCGAACACCCUAUGCUCACUGGGGUGGGUUCACAAAUGGGUACGAAGGCAGCUUACGAGCACACCUGAUGAAGUCCCCUGAUGCAUUGUUUGGAACUAAGACUGGCUCGAGUGGCCUGAUGGACAUCGCUCCACAGCCUGUACCGACACCCGGUGCCGGUGACAGUCGUGUGUCUGCAAACACAUCAACUCGCUCGCUUUACGGAGCUUCUUACAAUGGGACCGGGCACUCUACUCAAAGCUCGCACGGGCUACAGCCUGGGUCACCACAUACACCCUCCCCGCAUGGUCCAACGGCACUACGGAUGGUAGACGGCUCCUGGGACGCUACUCAGAUUGCCGCCACAUUGCACCCUGCGAUUCGUGUGCAGUAUGCAGCGUUGGUUCAAAAGAAGCGGAUGCUGGCUCAGCAGGCUGAGGCACAAGAUCAUGCAGCCGUGCCAUCGCUGCCGCAACAGUCACAUCAGCUGCACCAAUCGCGAGGACACCAAAUCGCUCAAGGUCCUCAGGUUAGUCAUCAGAAUUUUCCAGGUAACAUGAGCGCGCAUGCUCAGCCACCCGGUCAGUCACCCGGUGCUCGGCGAGGUUCUCCGUUCCACAAUAAUUCCACGCCGGAAUAUCAAUCAAGGCCGCCACCCCCUAAGCAAACGUUUGUGCCUCCACCUAGGCCAUGGGAACAAAUUCAGAAGCUUCAACAACCCGGCAUCCUGUCGCAGUCGGCACCACUGAUGCCACUAGGUACAAUGACCAACAGAGAACAUGGACCUUUGCCGCCUAUACCUGGCCAAGGGCUUCAGCCCAGCAAUUCUCAGCCAGCAACAGCAUCACAGUCAGUACCCGUACUACCAUGUGUGGCAGUAAAGACUGCGGUGCCGACUGCAACCCCGCCAAUGUCAGAGCACUAUGAAGAAUUCCCGGAGGUGCCACAGGAAUCCGCCGCGCUGGUCGAGGAAAUCAUAAGACAGGCUAGGAGAGCAAGUGGCGAAAGCAAGUGGCAUUAGUUUCGUUGCUCCGGUCCACCGGUUCACAUGCGCUUGGACUGGCCAAUCAGGACUAUGCCAUGACCAGGGUACAUAAUGCACGCGAACCUGCGUAGGCAUAUCUGG